AGAAAGUAAGAAGAUCGACAGGAUCAUUUUCAUUGCUUCAGCAAGAAAUCCUAAUUUACCAACACAACUCAUGAAGGCUGUAUCAUCAGUACAGUUGAGAAACAGAGAUAUUCCACUAUUUGGUGUACUUACAAACAAGAAUCGAAGGACCGAAAAUGAAGAAGAUUUUGAUCAGUUUGAGACUGAGUUCAAAACAUCGCUCGGGCUGUCUCAUUUGCAUUAUUUUCGCUGCACAAAUUACUGUGAUGAUAAUAUAGAGGAAAUUCGAUCAGGGACAGCGGCAAACAAUCCAGAGAUAGAUGUUCCUGUUCUGAAAUUCUUGAAACAGGUUCUAGAUCCUGUACUGGAAAACGUUGACAUUCAUAUGGAGGUGGAAUAACAUGGAAAAACAUAGUGGAAUGGUUGCACACCCUGUGGACCUCGUUACAAAACACAAAUAGACAGCAGUUUACCAUAAUUUUGGUUAUUUCCCUUGUUUUGGUCGUUCUGACCUUGUUGAUGUUUUAAUCUUAGAAAUCUAUGUCUCAGUUUCUUCUAUUUUGUACAGCUACAUGUACCUACUGCAAUAC